AGCAAUUAGGCUUUGGGGAUAAAACGGGCCGGAGAGCAGACUGGGGCAUUUCUCCCCGAGAUGGCGGGGCUGACAGCUGAGGCCCUGCGGCCAGCGGCCCUCCUGCUCCUGCUCUCCGUCCUGCAGCCCUCGCAGCCUGGAGGGGUUCCGGGGGGUGUUCCUGGUGGAGUCCCUGGAGGUGUCUAUUACCCAGGAGCUGCUGGUCUUGGAGGCCUGGGAGGAGGAGCUCUGGGCGCUGGAAGCAAACCCCCUAAGCCAGGGGCUGGGCUCCUCGGAGCAUUUGGACCAGGUGCUGGGGCACUGGCUGGUGGUGGUCCCGGAGCUGGCCUGAGCAUCUACCCUGGAGGCCUGGUGCCUGGUGGAGCGGCUGGCGCAGCAGCGGCCUACAAAGCAGCAAAGGCUGCAGGUGCUGGCCUUGGUGGCGUUGGUGGCAUUGGUGGAGUUGGUGGUCUCGGCGGCGUGGGGGGCCUGGGCGUGUCCACAGGAGCAGCUGUGCCCCAAACUGGAGUGGGGGUCGGAGCUGGUGUAGGUGGGAAGCCUGGCAAGGUGCCUGGUGUGGGGCUGCCAGGUGCCUACCCAGGUGGGGUGCUCCCAGGCGCAGGAGGCCGCUUCCCAGGCGUUGGGGUGCUCCCUGGAGUUCCCACUGGAACAGGAGUCAAGUCCAAGACCCCAGGUGGAGGCGGAGCUUUUGGCGGGAUCCCAGGAGUUGGCCCCUUUGGGGGACAGCAGCCCGGAGUCCCUCUGGGGUACCCCAUCAAGGCCCCCAAGCUUCCAGGUGGCUAUGGCCUGCCCUACAGCACUGGGAAGCUGCCUUAUGGCUACGGGCCUGGAGGAGUAGCAGGAGCUGGCGGCAAAGCGGGGUACCCGACCGGGACAGGGGUUGGUGCCCAGGCAGCGGCGGCGGCUAAAGCAGCGAAGUAUGCUGGGGCAGGAACUGGAGCUCUGCCUGGAGGAGCCGGAGCCAUUCCAGGGAUCGGAGGGCUGGCAGGAGCCGGGACUCCAGCCGCUGCAGCCAAAGCAGCAGCCAAAGCAGCCAAGUACGGGACUGCAGGAGGUUUGGUGCCUGGGGUGCCAGGCUUUGGCCGGGGAGUUUUCCCAGGUGCUGGUGUGCCUGGUGCUGUGGUGCCAGGUGUUGGAGUGCCAGGCGCUGGGGUCCCUGGUGUUGGAAUCCCAGGUGUUGGAGUCCCAGGUGCUGGAGUCCCAGGGGCCGUGUCACCAGCUGCAGCUGCUAAGGCUGCUGCCAAGGCAGCCAAAUAUGGUGGCAGAGGCGGCGUAGGAGUCGGGGGCAUUCCCACCUACGGGGUGGGCGCUGGGGGCUUCCCCGGUUAUGGCGCUGGAGCCGGGGCUGGAGCAGUACCUGGAGCCGGCAUCUCCCCUGCAGCCCAGGCAGCAGCUGCAGCUAAGGCUGCCAAGUAUGGGGCGGGGACUCCUGCAGCUGCAGCCGCCAAAGCCGCUGCCAAGGCUGCCCAGUAUGGCGUGGUCCCCGGAGGCGUGGUCCCCGGAGGCGUGGUCCCCGGAGGCGUGGUCCCCGGAGGCGUGACAGCCGGCGCCCCGACCGGUGGCAAGUCUGCUGCUCAGCUGGCCGCCAAAGCCCAGCUCCGGGCUGCCGCUGGACUUCCUGCUGGGGUGCCGGGCUUUGGAGCUGGUGCUGGGGUCCCCGGGUUUGGAGCUGGUGCUGGGGUUCCUGGAUUUGGAGGUGGUGCAGUACCUGGAUCUCUGGCCGCUGCUAAGGCAGCCAAAUAUGGUGCAGGGGCUGCUGGGGGCCUGGGUGGUCCUGGUAGCCUCGGGGGAGCAGGGGUCCCCGGCACUGUGGGAGGAGUCGGGCCUGCUGCUUCUGCUGCUGCUGCUGCCAAAGCAGCUGCUAAGGCUGCCCAAUAUGGAGGACUUGGAGCUGGAGGACUUGGGGCUGGAGCACUCGGGAUUGGAGGACUCGGGGCCGGCGGAGCCAUCCCAGGGGCCGGGGGCUUUGGAGGUGUGUCUCCAGCUGCAGCUGCUAAAGCAGCCAAAUAUGGUGCUGCUGGCCUUGGAGGUGUCUUAGGGGCCCGGCCCUACCCAGGAGCAGGUGUGGCAGCCAGGCCUGGCUUUGGACUGUCUCCCAUUUACCCAGGUGGUGGAGCUGGGGGGCUGGGAGUUGGAGGAAAGCCCCCCAAGCCCUAUGGAGGUGCCCUGGGAGCCCUGGGUUACCAAGGUGGGGCCUGCCUGGGGAAGUCCUGUGGCCGGAAGAGGAAGUGAGCCCCCCCAGGACCCCCGACCUACAACCUCAUCAACGUUGGUGCUACUGCUUGGUGGAGAAUGUAAACCCUUCCUGACCUCCCCCCCUCCACACACCUAAAUCCCCUCUCCUGAACCCCUGGCCUGGGGAGAGGGGACAGGCAGGCUGGGCAGCCUUGGAAAUCCACAGGACAAAGAAAACAAGAGAGCAGAGCCCCCCCCCACUCCAUCCCAGGGAGACCUACCCACUUAAGAGGCAAGGGAGUGGGAACCCCCUUUCCCACCCAGGAGCUCACACACACACACACACACACACACACACACACAUUCUCUCUCCAUCUUGAGAAGAACUUGGUGCUACAGGCUGGUGCUCUCAACUUCCAGACGGGAAAGGAGGAGGGAAGGGCAGCCCCUUGUGGGGAUCCCCCCCUCCCCAGGACUCCUCUGAAGCAGGUGCAGACACUUUCUGGGCAGGCCUGCAGCCUCCCCUUCGUGCCCGGGACCCGCCCCAGGCUGUGGUCCCCUUGGUACCCCAGCUGGAUUCGGUCACCCCAUCUCUGGCUGCCUCAGCCCUUCUCCCCCCUCUCCCAAAGGCUGUUCCCCACAUCUGGUGCACCUUCACUUAGAAGGAACCCCCCCAAUUGGGAAUAGCCCUCUUUCUCUUGUGGAAACACCCUCUCCCACCCACCUAUCCCUCAGUCCGUCCAUCCUGCUCUUCCGGGACCGCCAGGUACCACCAGCCUGUGCCCCCACCACCAGCACCCCAACACAGGGGCCUGUGUGCCUGAUGGGGUGCAAAGGCCAUGCCGGAACUGGGGGACAGGCAUCUCCCCCCUUGGGUGUCCCCCCCACGCAGUACUGUAUCCCCCCACCUAGAGCCACUGUCAUUCAGAGCAUCCCACCCCCCAUCUCUUUGUGUCUUGCUGUGAUAGAUCAGUAAAUAUUUUAUUUUUUGUCCUGGA